AUGCGGAGGGGCCGGGUGGAUGGGUGGACGGGGGGGCACGGGAGGGGGGGACACUUGUGCAGGCAGAUGUUUGGCUCGAAGAAAGUGUAUGAAUGUGAGCUCCUAAGCCGCACAAUUCCCGUGGUGGGCUGUAGGGGGCAGUACGCUCGGAGCCGCAGAGCUGUGCUGCAGGAGUGUGGGUUGGACACGAAGAAGGCUGACAGCGGAAGUUUUGAUCCAUGGGCAGAUGACACACGGGGACGCUGCGAAACUUUCAGCCCACACCAGUAUUCCACCUUCACCUUGCUGGCGCCUGAGCCGGAGUGGGGCUCUCUGCCCAUGACUGAUCCAACCACGGGCCCAUCCAUCCGGUCCAUCAAGAGUCACUCUCAUCUCAUCAGUCCAUAA